AUGGCACAACCUCAGCAGGACUCACAACUGCCACUGCAGCACCGCCAGGAGUUACCCGAGCAGCAGCAAAGACAGCAACAGGAGCAACAGCCUCCACAAACAACUACAAGUCAAGCACCGACAAUAGACCAGAUCGAGAAGCAGUACUCACAACUACCGCCACAAUACCGUCAGGCUGUCCUCGAAAAGCAACAGCGCGAACAACAGAUGCAGAUGCUGCAACAGCAACAGCAGAAACUCCACGGACAAUCUCAACAACAAAUUCAACAGCACCAACAACAGCAGCAGCCACAGCAAGCACCCCAGCCCCAACCACAACGGCAGACACUCACACCCGAUUCUCGGGGACAGCAGUCAGCCUCUUUGACCUCAUCGCCUGCCAAAAGCGCCACUUCGAACAGGAUACGUGUCGCAUCCGCACCCCUCACCAGUAUAUACCGACCAGCGGCAGUAGCCCGCGAUACCGACUCGGCUAGCACAUACUCUGUCACCUCUGGACCUGGUCGAGCCCACUGGAAGGCAAGUCAAACAGCACUCUUGUCUGCACAUGGCCAGGUUGCCGCCGCGAGUUUAGUUUCUUUGACCGAAGACACCAUUGCCGAAAAUAUCUUUUGCUCUGCGCAUUGUUCGAAGGAAGUUCCGCUGGAUCAAGCAUUGGACUUUAACCCGUCAGAUGGAAUCAUGAGUCGAGCAUGUGUCGGUUGUUACGAGGCGUAUGAGCAGUGGCAAGGAGUUAUUCCCUCCCCAGAAUACGACCAGGCAUAUCUACAUUCGGCCUUCCGGGAAGCACACGAGUCAACACAUCCCAAUGCUCCUACUGCUGCUGCUGCCGAAUCCUCUGGCUCAAAUUCAAAAAAGAAUACUGGACAGCUUCCUGAAGGGUAUCUCGGCACCGACGAGCAAUCCAAGACUGAGACGAGCAACAUUACAAUCAAGAGGCGUCCAUCCAAAGAUCAAACGACGAUGAUGCCAAUGCCCUCAGUGCCCCACGAUUGGUCAUGGAGCACCUUUUAA